AUGCCAAUGUUAAGUAGACUUCUUCGGAAGCUACUAAGUUCCAGUGUCCCAACGUCCACCAAAUUGGCUCUGAUAGUACGUGGGGAUCUGAAAAUGAGUAAGGGCAAGACGGCGGCACAAUGCGCUCAUGCCGCAAUUAUGUGCUAUCAGAAUGCGGCCCAGGGAUCCCAGGAACAGAGUGCUCUACUUCAAUAUUGGUGCCGCAUGGGCCAGCCAAAGAUUGUGCUACGGGUGGAGAACUAUAAGGAAUUGGAGGACUUACAACUCAAAGGAAGGGAAGCCAAAAUGGUGGCUGCAUUGGUACGGGACGCUGGACGUACACAACUCGAAGCGGGAACUGCUACUGUACUAGGUCUGGGACCAGCCCCAACCGAAGAAGUGGACAAACUGGUUAAGCACUUGAAAUUGUUAUAGUUGUUUUUUCUUUUAUUUUGUUUUGAUUAAAAAUUAAUAGAUACUAUA